AUGAAUGACGUGGAUUUGCAAUCAGCGAAUUUGAAUCUGUUGAGAAGAGUUACAGUUAGAAGUGAACAGCGCUUUAAUUCGCUUAUAGUUUGUGUGUUUGCAGCAGCCGAACGAUGAGUAAAGCCAAAGCUGAGAGUUUGAGAGACAAGGUGGACGGGAACGAACUGGAUCUUAGUCUGUCCAACCUCACAGAGGUCCCAGUUAAAGAGCUGGCUGCAGUUUCCAAAGCUACAGUGCUGGACCUUUCCUGUAACAACCUUAUAACUCUUACUCCUGAAUUCUGCACUCUGACUUACCUGAUUAAAGUGGACCUGAGCAAGAAUCAGCUUCUCAGCCUGCCGGAGGAAAUCGGGAAUCUGAGCAACCUGCAGCAUCUGGAUCUGUACAACAACAAGCUGACCAUGCUGCCCCUCAGUUUCUGUCAGCUCAGGAAUCUGAAGUGGCUGGACCUUAAAGACAAUCCUUUGGAGCUGACGUUGGCGAAGGCGGCGGGAGACUGUCUGGAUGAGAAGCAGUGCAAACAGUGUGCAGGAAAGGUUCUCCAGCACAUGAAGUCUCUGCAGGAAGACGCGGAUAAGGAACGAGAACGCCGGCUGCUAAAGGAGAAAGAACAGGAGAAGAAGAGAGAGGCUAAGCAGAGGGAGCGGGAGGCUCGGGAAAGGGAGGCGCAGAAGAAGAAAAAAGCCGAGGCGAAGGAGAGGAAGAGGAAGGAAUACCAAGCACAGCUGGCCGCACAGGCCGCGCAAGAACAGCAGAAGAAGAAGAAAGAGGAGAAGAAAAAGAACGCCAGACUAAAUCAAGAUACGAAAGCGUCGAGGAGCGCUCCUCAGGCCCGGCGCUCGGCGUGCUCACGGUUCUGCUCCCUGCUCCUCGGACUGCUCCUCCUGCUCGUCGUCUCCGCUGCAGCCGUGGUAGCCGCGUGCCAGGCGACCGAGCUGAGGAAGGAGGAGUUCUGCGCCCCUGUUAACCUGUACGCAGAUCGGGCACUGAGCUGGGCGUGGGGUCUGGACGUGGUGCAGCAGGUCCUUCAGAAGAUCUCACAGCUCCGAGCGUAAGAUCUGAACAAUCAGAUGAAGGAUCCAGCUCGCUUCUGACCCGGGGUUCAGCCUGGAGAGGGAACCUGCGUGUGAACCGGAGCAGGAAAUGUGCAACCGAGAGGGUUCGAGCCCCGAUUUGAUGUUUUGUGGGUCGGGUUGCCAAAACGUUUCGGACUUCGGACCCGAGUGGCUGCCGAGCUACAGAACACAGAUCUGCGUUGUCAUGUGACCUACGACACGUUUUAUAUAAUCAAUCCGUAAAUGUCUUACAUAAUGAGUCGCUUAAUUGAUCAUUAAAAUCAAAAGUUUACAGACAUUUGAAAGGGA